UGAUUUUCAGAGUGAAUAAUUAAAUUAAAAUGAGGUCCAGGUCUAAUUCAGUGAUUAGACUGGACCACUACUAUAACAUGGUUUAUGAAACAAUUCUGCAUUAUCAGGACCCUGUGACCGGCCUACUACCUGCCUACCAGGUCACUGGAUCAGAACAUCAUGCCUGGGUCAGAGAUAAUGUUUACAGUGUAUCUGCAGUUUGGGCGUUAGCGCUAGCUUACAGGCGUGUUCAUGACAAGGAGGAUGAGAAGAAUAAACUGUUCCAGCUUGAGCAAGCAGCAGUCAAGUGUAUGCGGGGAAUACUCAUGGCAAUGAUGGGACAGAGAGAUAAGGUAGAGAAAUUUAAACGCAGUUUCUCCUCCUUUGAUUCUCUGCACGCGAAGUACAGCAGUAGGAACGGUCAGACUGUUGUGGGGGACAAGGAGUGGGGCCAUCUCCAGAUAGAUGCAGUCUCCCUUUAUCUUCUUUUUAUUGCCCAGAUGACCGCUAGCGGGCUCCAGAUCGUCUUCACUCUAGAUGAGGUUGCGUUUGUGCAAAACCUUGUGUUCUAUAUCGAGUGCGCGUAUGUGACUCCUGACUACGGGAUCUGGGAGCGCGGAGAUAAAUCUAAUCAAAGUAUUGUAGAGCUCAAUGCCAGCAGUAUUGGGAUGGCCAAAGCUGCACUAGAAGCAAUGAACAAGUUGGACCUGUUUGGAGGACGUGGAGGACCCCCCUCCGAAAUCCAUGUUCUACCUGACGAGGCUGUCAAGUGUGCAGCUGUCCUUGAAUCUAUGCUCCCAAGAGAAUCCAAUUCUAAGGAGACGGACGCGGCAAUCCUGAGCAUUAUUGGAUUUCCGGCCUUUGCUGUACCACAGGCAGAUCUAGUAGCUAAAACACUUUCAACCAUACAGGAGAAGCUGGGAGGAAGGUUUGGGAUGAAAAGAUUUCUCCGUGACGGUUAUAAAACUGCUAUUGAAGAUCCUACAAGGUUGCACUAUGAACCGUGGGAGCUCCGACUGUUUGAGAAUAUAGAAUGUGAAUGGCCCCUUUUCUUCUGCUAUCUAGUCAUCAACUACUGUUUUCAGGGUGAAGAGGAUCUAGCAAAGGAUGUGAUGGUUAUGCUGGAUACUCUUACAGUUGAGAUGGAAGGGUUCUGGAUGGUUCCAGAACUGUACAAGGUUCCAGAGGAUAAGGUUGGAGUUGAGUACGCUAACCCCGGUAAAGCAGACCGUGAGGUGGGAGGACGGUGUCCUUUCAUGUGGGCGCAGAGCUUAUAUAUCAUUGCUAAACUACUUCAUGAGGAGUUCAUUGCUCCAGGAGAACUAGAUCCUAUGAACAGGAGAUUGUCUAGUCUGAAGAAACCUGAUGUAGUUGUCCAGGUUGUAGUUCUAGCUGAGGAUAGCAGAAUACAAAACCUUCUGAAGGAGCAAGAUCUAAUUAUCCCAACCUGUGCAGAGAUAGCUCCAAUACAGGUUCAACCCUCACGUAUGCUCUCCCAUCUGUACACCUUCCUGGGCCGGUCAUCUAAGCUGGGUCUCUCAGGUCGACGCAGUCUUGACGUUGGUAUCCUAGCAACCAGUAAAAUUUAUAGAAUUCAGGAUAAAUCCUUUGUGUUCACACCCCAGAGCUUUGACAGGUCAAUGAACUAUACAGAUACAGAUCCUAGCCUAGCGAUGUCAACGCUAGCCUACGGGUUGAACUACCUGGCGACCAGCUGGACAGAUCUUGGUAGACCUACCAUGACUCUAAUACUGUCAUGUUCAAUGCUAGAAGAUGAUGGUACUAUUCCUGUUCCGAUGGUGAACACUUUGAAGAAGCUGAAGAGCGGAUAUAUAAAUGGAACCAGGGUAUCCCUAGGAACAUAUGAGGAGUUUCACACGACGAGUUCCUACAGUGAACUGGCGUUCCUUGGGAAUAUAGAGGCCGGAUGUCCUGAUAGACUAGACCCAGUUGUUGCUAAAUAUCUAGAGACACAGCUUGGAGGAGGUGUUAUCACAGGUGGUAUUUUGGGAACUGCAACUGUCACUGAAGAAAAGAAAUCCGCAAAUCAUUGUGUUGGAACAGUCAAAAGAACCAGGUCUAUAAUCAUGAGUGAGUCUAAGAGUAAAGAAGUUGCUGCAAAGCUGAUCGAGAAGCAUGAGACUAGGAAGAGAGAUUUAUCUGUAUCCCGGAGUCCAGGUUCUUCUCCAGGCUCAACGAAACAUACUAUCGGAGAAUCUUUCAGGAGAAGACUGGGCAGUGAUAUAUCAGGUAGACAGGAGGAGGCUGGAGAUUUAGUUAAACUGCUCCAGACUACUAGAGAUAUGGAGGAGCAAGGAGAUAUACUUCACUAUAUGGCUGAACAGUUCGGUCUAAUGUUCAAGGUGAAUAUCAGCAAGGAUGGAGAGGAUUAUAGAACAGUUGAGAACCUGGUUCAAGAAUUAUAUGAUGCAUCCUGUGAGGCUAAAAACUGGGCUAUGGUUAGGCAUACUUCUGGUUUGCUCGGUAAGAAACUCCCCUCCCUUGCUCUCAGUCUGACGGAUCUUAUCGUGAGACAGAAGCAGGUGACUGUGGGUCUCCCUGGCAAAGAGAUUGUUAUAACACGUCCUGUAGGUGCUCAGGAGCUCAGAUUGAAGAUUGUUAAAGCACACGAAGGAGAUGUUUCCACAAGUUCUCUCUCUCAGGAGAUCCUACUGUAUCUGGCAAUGUUUAUCCGCACAGAACCUUAUCUUUUCACUGGAAUGCUGAGGUUAAGAGUCGGGCUUAUUAUCCAGGUUAUGAACAGUGAACUGGGUCGAACUCUUUCAAUAUCUCCAGAAGAAGCUGAGGAUAAACUAUUGAAUCUCUCACCUUACGAAACUAAGAAUCUGUUGCAUCACAUUAUGUCUGGACAGGAGUAUGGUAUUAGAGAGUUCGGGAGUAGAUGUUCUAUUUAUGCACUCAGCACAAGUAUAUCUAGAAACCAUCAGCAUACACAGAGAUUACUGGUUUACUCACUAGCGAGGCUCUCCCAGAUUGUAGGUUUACUCACUAGUGUAGCAGGUAGCUCUCCCAGAUUACAGUUUACCUCUCCAAGAUUACAGGUUUACUCACUAGUUUAUCUCUCCAAGAUUACAGGUUUACUCACUAGUUUAUCUCUCCCAGAUUACAGGCAACUGAUAGUUGAGGCAAUCCUUGUAUUAAUUCUAAUAGUUGAUCACAACGUGGUUUCAUAUCUGGGAGGCAUAAUUAAUGUUGAGAAUAUUGUUAACCAAGCGAAUGAAAUAUUCCUAGAAGAUCAGAGAAAUAUUAAUGGUGAUUCAUUCUGCUGUGCACAGAAGGCUGGUAAAUGCGGUGGAUCUGGAGGUAUAUGUUGUCUAUUCUAUGACUCUGCUCCCAGUGGAACGUAUGGAACUAUUUCCUAUCUGGUUAGAUCAGCUUGCAGGGUAUUGGAAACUAUUCCUAACGAUGGAGAGAUCGACUGCAACGUUAUGUGAACUAUUUUCUCAUUCAGCAAGAGAUCGACUGCAACGUUAUGUGAACUAUUUUCUCAUUCAGCAAGUGUUCUGAAGAAACAAUAUUACAGUGUACUGCACUCUUUAUGUACAAUGUAGUGGAAGAUACAGAAUAGUGUACACAAAUACACUCUUAAUGUGCACUGUAGUUCCCAUUUGAAGGAUUAUAAAAUACUUAAUUAUUUACAUAAAAUUAUAUAUUAAACAUUUACAGUUAAUAAAAAUUAGUAUAAAAGUA